UUGGCGGGUGGGCGGGGCUUCCAGGGAGGCCUCCGUGUAGGCCUCAGUGGAGCCUGAACUGGAGUCGGCUUGCAGGGAGGCCCCAAGCAAGGAAGGCAGGCAGGAGGCAGGGAGGCAGAGUGGCCCCCACAGCUCUCUGCAGCAGACCCUCUGCCCAGCCCAGCAUCUGCUAGGAUCCACCCCUGGCUGACUUUAUAUGUUUACAUUGAACGGGCUGAUGAAGCUUUGUUUGCAAAACGAUAAGAACCAUUUCCCAAGGUUGUCAAACUUCCAAGAAGUUCAUCUUCUUUUUGACCUGAGGGGCAUACGCCACAAACAAGCCAUUUUUUUUCAAAUGAGAGUUGACUGUAAAUAAAGAUGGAAAAGAAAAACAACAGGAAGUCCCCGAAGGCAAGUCACCAAAAGUUUAAUGUUCCAGGAGAAAAAGUAUUAUACAAUCAUAUUAUUAUUUUAAAAAUCCCACAGGCACAAACAUCCUCUGGCUGACCCCGCUUUGCAUUUCAUUAUUCUGAUUUAAGCAGGAGCCGUUUUAGAAUCCAUUGCGGAAUUAGCAUUUGCCUUUGACAGCAGUUUUCAGUGCCUUCCAUUCAGUCUGCCUCUCUCCUGUCAUCUUUCCCAAUGAAAGACCCCAUCUGGACCCCAUCUGGCAGCAGCGAGGCCAUAGAGGAGUGAGUCUGACACCCGUGAGACCCGGGUGGGACUCCACAUUAGGCUGUUUGGAAUAUCACUAAGAUGGCUUCAUCCAACAACCAGCACCAGUGCAAGCAAGUGCCCACCUUGCCACCCACCCUGAUGGAGCAUCAGUGCAAGCAGACUGUCACUCUCCCUCCGGUGGUACCAUGCCCAGUGCCAACACCAUGCCCUGGAGACAAGAAGCCUCCGUGCAAGGAGCCACCAGUGGUGGUCAUCCCGACGCCAUGCCCAGAGCCAACACCAUGUCCUCAGAAGCCUCCCUGCAAGGAGUCGCCUGUAGUGGUCAUCCCAACUCCAUGCCCAGAGCCAACUCCAUGUCCUCAAGUGAAGCAGCCUCCUUGCAAGGAGCCACCAGUGGUGGUCAUCCCGACGCCAUGCCCAGAGCCAACUCCAUGUCCUCAGAAGCCUCCCUGCAAGGAGCCACCUGUAGUGGUCAUCCCAACUCCAUGCCCAGAGCCAACUCCAUGUCCUCAAGUGAAGCAGCCUCCUUGCAAGGAGCCACCAGUGGUGGUCAUCCCGACGCCAUGCCCAGAGCCAACACCAUGUCCUCAGAAGCCUCCAUGCAAGGAACCACCUGUAGUGGUCAUCCCGACUCCAUGCCCAGAGCCAACUCCAUGUCCUCAAGUGAAGCAGCCGUGCAAAAAGCCACCAGCAGUGGUCAUCCCAGCACCAUGCCCAGAGCCGUGUCCCUGUCCCCAACCGAAAUCUCCAUGCAAGGAGCCACCAGAAGUGGUUGUCCCAACUCCAUGCUCUCCAUGCAAGGAGCCAACCCCGUGUCCUCAAGUGAAGCAGCCUCCAUGCAAGCAGCCGCCAGUAGAGAUUGUUCCAGCACCGUGUCCAGAGCCGUGUCCCUGUCCCCAGCCGAAGUCUCCAUGCAAGGAGCCACCAGUAGUGGUCAUCCCAACCCCAGGCUCUCCAGUGAAGCAACCUCCAUGCAAGGAGACAACUCCAGUCCCCUGUUCUCCACCUUCCACCAAAUGCCCACCCCCCACCGAUCAGCAGCAGAAGAAGCAACCGUGCCAGUGGCCACCACAACAGAAGUAAACGAGCAAGAGCUAUGGGUGCCAGAGCAGAAAGUCAACGUGCUCCAAACCCGCGACCUUCAAAUUUCAAUACACUUUGUCCCUUUGUUCACUGAAAUGCUUUUUAAGAACCCCUUCUGUUACAGGUGCAGCAUCUGUUGUGCUAUAAUUAUGCUAAUUAUAGUAUAAAUUAUUGGGGAAAGUGUUGAAAAGCAGUAUAUACAUACUUGCAUUGGUAGUAGCAUCAGUAGUACAGUAAACAGUUUCUCAUCAACAGGCUUGUUGAAUUGCUUCUAGAGGAUAGAUUUUCUAGGAUGAAAUUUCUGGAACAUGUUUCUAGAACGACUUUUCGAUACUGAAAACCUAUUAAAUAGUUUUUCCAUAAAGAGGCAAUAACCUUUCCUUUCCUUUCCUUUCUUCUUUCCAUAGCCAGAUCAUAUUUAUUAUAGACAAAUGGUUUUAUUUUCAAUCAGUUAAUAAAAUUGAAUAUUAUAUCGUAUUUACUGUAUUAUACCGAAUAUUCUACCGAAUCCAAAACUAGUUUUUCCCCCAAGUUCUUUGCUGUUAGAAAUUGGGCAGCCUCACCCUCAAAUUUUUAGAGCUAAUGUUCCACCGUGAAUGCUAAAGUAAGGAUUCAGUUCUGGCCAAAAGGAAUGUACUGUAUGGAGGAAUAUUGACUUCCUUCUUAAUUAAGCAUCUGCGAAUGACAUCUUGGCCACUUAUCAAAGCUUCUCAUCCCAAGACAACAAUUAGCCCUCAAAAAGUAUUUGUUUCCAAUGAUGCUUAGAGUUGUUUAUACAACAAAUUUAAUUAAGAUAAUUGCCGAAAUGAAGCUGAUUUUAUUGGAGGAUUUCCAAACUACCACGAGUGUGUAGCAAACAUAUUCUGCAGGGUACACCAAACGUCUUGGCAAUGUGCUAACCCAGAGAAAUGCUGAUUCUGUGUCUUUACUGUGAUAUCAUCAACUCUUUUGUUUCUGGGAUUAUGUUAAAGAUUCCUCAUACUCUGAAGUUUGGAAAUAAAAGAGA